AGCUUCCAAAAAGUUUUUUGACUUACCAGAAGAUAUUAAGAUGAAAUAUGACAUGGCUACUCUUAGUAAGUAUGGCUACGUGCAUGGUUACGUGCGAAUGGAAGCCGAAAGAAGCGACACGGUUGUCCCCCAUGGCGACCUGAAGGAGUGUUUCAAUUAUCUGCACAACAUUGAACCUGAUUCAUUUACCAGUGACACGGACGUGGUAGCAGAUUUUAAAGCAACAAUGUCGGAUUUCUACAAGUCAUGCGCAGAAUUGAGUCAGCGUUUGUUGGAAAUAAUUGGUCGUGGAUUGGAGCUUGAGGACCCUCGCAUCUUUCUUAAAGCUCACGAUGGAAUUAUUGGUGGAGAUAACCGUUCGGUUUUAAGAACUUUGUAUUACCCAGCACUAGAGGGCGAUCAUCCAGUCAAAAACGGUCAAACUAGAUGCGGUGAACACAGUGAUUACGGAUCCCUGACUUUAUUGUUCCAGGACGAGGUUGGCGGUCUUCAGGUGAUGUCCAGUUCUGGUGAGUUCGUUGAUGCCACACCCAUAGAGGGCACAAUCAUAGUGAAUAUCGGUGAUCUGAUGCAACGAUGGACGUCAGACAAACUUGUAUCCACGAGACAUCGGGUGUUGGUACCAUCGUCAGUUGACAAAAAACGGAAAACAAGGCAGUCUAUAGCGUUUUUUGCAAAUCCUAACUGCAAACAUCUCAUAACUCCUGUCGACGCAUGUGACAAGUACCCGCCAAUCACUGUCGCCGAUUUCCUGAAAAUGAAAUUGGAUUCUACGUAUUAACUGCAAUACUGCCGAGAUUUCGGGAAAGUUAUAGCUAAGAAGUGUGAUCAGAACGGUAGAACAUACAUCAAAACGCAACACAUCCCCUAAAUCAAUAAAAGACUACAUGUAAGCAGCGACUAAAAUAGGAACUUAAAUGAAUACAUUCUAAAUUCUUGCACCAACUAAACAUUUCAAUUAUUUCAAAUAUUCUGACCACCUAUCCAAGGAAUGUAAUUACAUAACACCUGACGUGAAAAAUAGGCCAGAGGAUGAUAUCCUGUUAAAACUGAUAAAAGUAUACAUGAAGCCUAUUGGGAAUAAAGAUGCACAUUUUCCUUCAAAGCCAGAAUAUGCUUUCUUGAUAAUAAAUGUAAUAAAAUUGACAUUAGUACAAUAUA